ACGGAAACGCGGUGACUUGUUUUCACGUCGGAAGUAAAUUCACGGCGGACCAUUACACCCAACGCGGAGCAGCUGGCAGUUUUCAAGUGCAAUACUACUUAUUUUUGUAAAUUGAAAUUAAAUAACAAACUAUUCUUUCAUCUAUUCAGAUUUAAAAUCACCGUUUUUGAAUUGUACGAGAAAAUGUUUACCAAGCCGUUUCGCGUUAAAUCAAACACCGUAAUGAAGGCAUCGGAUAGGAGAAAGCUUAAGGCUGAUAUAUCGGCAGCCUUUCCCUCCCUGUCUUCUGAUGAAUUAACUGAGGUGGUCCCCAACAAAGAGGAAUUAAAUGUUGUGAAGAUUUACGCACACAAGGGAGACACGGUGACAUUAUAUGUUCUUCAUAGAAACCCACUGUUUUUUCAACUGGAGAAAAACCUGUAUCCUACAGUCUAUAUGCUUUGGCGCUACCCUGAUGCUCUACCAACAUUCAGGACAUGGCCUCCUGUACUUCACAAGUUGAUUGGAGGAGCUGAUCUCAUGCUUCCAGGUGUGGUGCCGCCUUGUAGCGGACUCCCAGACUUAAAACAGGGAGACAGCUGUGCUGUGACAAUUGUCAAUAACAGAGCUCCAUUUGCAGUUGGCACAGCGGCAGUUUCCAGUGCAGAAAUGCUCAGUUUGGGUAUGAAAGGGCGAGGAGUAUGCAUUUUGCAUACAUACAUGGAUCAUCUCUGGGCCUUUGGAGAAAAGUGUAGUCCCCCCGUUAUACCAGACCCAGAGGGUAAACAACCUGUUGCGAAUGAUGAAGAAUGUGAAGAUGACGAGCAAAGAGAUGAAGAGGAGGAAGGCAAUGGAAGUGCAGAGCAGGAGCUGCGACAAAACAAGCCACUUGUAGAUCAAACCUGCCCUGGUGUGGGUGAGCUGAGCCUUGCUGAGCAGGAGGAAGGAAGGAAGGAGUGGGAAAAAGCAGAUGAAGAAGGGGAAAAUAAUCAGGAUGAUCAUAAAUCACCACAAGAGGACAUGGACUCCUUGUUCCUGCAAUGUUUCCUCUGUGCUCUCAAAAGCAAGGUGAAGAAAUCGGAGCUCCCUCUGCUGACAAGCACAUUUCUCCGCAACCACAUGUUUUCCUGCUGCCCGAGUGGAAAACAACUAGAUAUUAAAAAAUCCAGUUAUAAAAAGCUGUCCAAGUUUCUGCAGGUUAUGCAGCAGCAGCACAGCAUUGUACGAGUGAAGGAAUUGACGAAGGGUGUGGAGAGUAUUGUAGAAGUGGACUGGAAAAACCCAAUAUUACGCUCCUUUUGUGUUCCUGAGGAAACGGAAGUUGAAGCAAUUCCACUACAAAGUGGAGGAGAAGAAAUAUAUCAUCCUCCUGAGAUCACCAUUUUAUACUCUGUGUCAGCCCGAUUAGAGCCUCUUUUUCAGGAUGCAAAAAAAAGGAAAGGUGUGAUACUGCAGCCUGCAGAGGUGAGAAGUAUUGUCACUGACUAUGUGAAGAUGAAUGGCUUGGUGAAUGAAAAUAAUAAGAAUUAUGUUAGCAUCAACCCUACACUGUGUGACUGUGUGCUUGAAAAAUCAGAAUACCAGAAAAUAGAGUCUCUUAAGUGGGAGGACCUUUUCAGCAGGACACUCGAGAGAAUGCAGCAGUGCUAUCAAAUGGUGUUUCCUGGACAGAUACCCAUAAUAAAGAAAGGCCACGUUGAGCCCAUAGAUAUCACUGUCGCUUCCAGAGGCUCCAAUAAAAAGGUUACCCUAAUAAAGAACCUGGAUGUAUAUGGUUUGGAUCCUACUGCUGUGGCCACUGCAUUACAGCACCGAGUUCAAGCCAGAUCAGUCCUACAGCCUGUUCCAGGGGCCAAAGACAAAGUCCUGGUCCAGAUUCAAGGCAACCAGAGUCAACAAGUUGGCCGUUUGCUUAUUGAUCAUUAUCAUAUUCCUUGCAAGUACAUCCAAGGGUUACACAAAGCUGUUAAAUGUGGAAAGAAUAAGUAGCAUUUCAACAGUCUACCCUCCUACACCCUUGUGCAUCGCUUCCACAGCUGCUCUAUUCUGUGUAAUUGAUGAUGGUUUGUGAUGUCAUACCAUAAAUACUGUAGGUCAAGCUGCUCACUAUUUGACCUGUCAAAAUAAAUUUUUACUGAUGUCUGUUAACAUUGCCAACUGAAGACAAAUAAUAUUCUGAUGUGAAAGGAAAAAAAGUAUAUCCUCAAAUGUUUAUACAAUUAGAGCUCUCAGUUUGAAACAAGAAUUUUGGCUAGCAAAUGUAUCCAACCAAUGUCAGGACCCAAUUUUAUUUUUCAGAUGUAAAAGGUUAUAGAUCAUCUUUUUGUCAUUAUUUCAGGAUUUUUGAAAUGUCCUGAAGUCAAUCAAAUCAAAUUUCUGUGCGCGUAAAUGAUGUAUCUGUCCACCAGUUGGGUCAUAUACUGACAAAUACGGAAAAUAUGGGAAAAGCAGGGAGUGAAAUGACAAACUACUAAGGACACUGGUUACAAAGUACAAGGAUACUGGAUACAAACUGUAAACAUUGCACAUCAUGUUCCUGGGCUAACCUCAUCAACAGGACAGUUUAUUAAAGAUAUUCGAACCA